AUGCCCUUCAACAACUUCUCCGAGGCCGUUUUCCCAGGCUGCUACUGGGGCAGCUAUGGCUAUCCCCUGGGUUACAGUGUUGGCUGUGGUUUCGGCAGUACCUACUCUCCAGUGGGCUACGGCUUGGGCUAUGGCUAUCACGGCUGUGGAUCUUACAGAAGAUACUGGCCAUAUGCUCUCUACUAA